UAUUAGUUCUUUCACUUAAGUAAAGGAUCUGAAUACUUCGUCCACCAAUGAUACACACACACACGCAAACAAACUACCCAAAUUAAAUAAAGUUAUAAAAACACAUUUUCAGAAGUUAUUUUAAAGAGGAUACUGAUUUUAAAAAGCUGUCACAAUGUUGAUCUCUUGCUCCUCUCUUGUUCUCUUAAUUGAUGGAUCUCAUGCUCAACAUAGAAACACUGUGUGUACACAAUAGCCCAUAAUAUUAAGUAACUUUGGUACAGGGACACAUCCUGAAACUGGGACGUUCACAUGUAUAGAUGACACAACAGCGCUCUCUAGUGGCAUGUGGUACAGAUCAAACCAUAUAUUUUUGCUCAGUUAAUGUAAUGUUGGUCUGUACAUGUAUUUUGACAUGUUUAACUACAUGCUUCAACAUUAAAGUUUGGAAUAUCCAUAAUUCAAACAAAAGGGUAAGAAGAGCUUCUCUCUGUGUCCCAAAAGAUGUUUCACUUUGAAAUCUCAUCCACACAUAUAAAUGCACCGCAAAACUUUUCUGUCAUGUUUUCUUUGUCUGCUUUGAGAGGUGUUCUGCUGCCUCUGCAGCCACGCAUGCAACUGUAACGUCCCCUCUUUUUUAUUUAUUGUUUUUAAACUGCACUUUGGUCACUGUUGGGGACUGAGGGAGUGGGGACAAAGUUCACAGGGCGCAUGUAAGGAGGAGGGGGUGAAGAGGAGGAAGGUUAAAAAAAAGAAAAUUGACCUUUGAAAGCAAAACAGCAGGUGGAGAGCUAAAACCAGGCAGCUCAGGACACAUCAGGAGGAAAUUCAACACAGGGAAAAUGAAAGUACACGUUCUCUUAAGCUGAAGAGGGACUACAAAUAUAAUGAAGCCCAACGCUCCCUUUCUGGCUUUCAUUUGAGUGUGGUAGUGCACAUGAGAGCAGUGUUUGCUUGCAAGGCGGUAGCGAGGUAAGGCAUCACAGUAAUGGAGGAGAGAGCAGCCAAGGCGAAGCCAAGCCGUUUGACCGCCCUUCAGGAGCAGCUGGUCUGGGCCCUGCUGGGAUCUGGACUGACCCAGGACGUCCUGGUCCAAGCCAUGGGGGAUCUGGAGCGAGACAGGGCGAGUGCUGGCCCCGAGAAGGGAGAGAGGGGGGAUGGAGAGAGCUCCGAGGAAGGAGAAAUGGAUUACCCACCGCCUAUAUUCCGAGAGCUGGAGAAGCUUUCCCCAGAGGAGGCGGCCAAACUCAGGGCUGAAGUUGACCAGCUACUGCAGGGGGACCCCUGGCACGUCGCAAAAAUGGUGAAAAGCUACAUGCAGCAGCACAAUCUCCCUCAGAGAGAGGUGGUGGAGUCCACAGGACUCAACCAGUCCCACCUCUCCCAGCACCUCAAUAAAGGCACGCCCAUGAAGAACCAGAAGAGAGCCGCUCUGUACACCUGGUACGUCAAGAAGCAAUGCGAGAUCAGCCAGCAAUUUACCAACGCCAAACAUGGCCUUGCAUCUGCGGAGGAGCAAGGAGAAGACACCAGGAAAGGUCGGAGGAACAGGUUCAAAUGGGGUCCAGCGUCCCUGCAGAUCCUCUUCCACGCCUACGAACGACAGAAGAACCCCAGCAAGGAGGAGAGAGAGGGGUUAGUGGAGGAGUGUAACAGGGCAGAGUGUAUCCAGAGGGGGGUGUCUCCCUCCCAGCUUGCUGGCCUGGGCUCCAACUUGGUUACUGAGGUCCGGGUGUACAACUGGUUCGCCAACCGCCGCAAAGAGGAGGCCUUCCGUCACAAACUGGCUCUCGACACACCUUUUACCAACCAAUCUGCCUCCUCGUCUAACCACGCCCUCCCACCAAGUCCUGAGCAGGGUGUGAAAUACAGCCACCAAAUCCUGUGCGACACCGUCAGCUCAGCCAGAGGUAACGGAGGGGAGAGGGUGGGACAUCUUGUAGUCAGCCCUAUCCAACUGGAGCCCAGCCACACACUCCUCGAGACACAUAACCCCAAGCAGGUGUCCAGCGGUGGCCCACUGCCCCCAGUAAGCACUCUGACCUCGCUACACAGUCUGUCUGCCACCCCUGCUUCCUCACAGAGCCUCAUCAUGGCCUCACUGCCCAGCGUCAUGAGCCUGGGGGAGUCCUCGCUUCUCAUUGGUUUGGCCUCCACGCAGCCUCAGACCCUGCCUGUUAUCAACAAUGUGGGUGGCACUUUCACCACUCUCCAGCCAAUCUCAUUCCAGCAGCAGCUUCACGCCUCUCCCCAGCAGCCAAUAUCACAGCAGCUCCAGAGUCACAUGGGUGCCAGUCCCUUCAUGGCAACUAUGGCGCAGCUGCCAUGUCACAUGUACAACAAGUCGGAUUCGCCCCAGUACCAUUCGUCCAGUCUGCUGUCUCAAGCCAUGGUCAUCACUGACAGCAGCAGCCUGGGGACGCUGACCAGCCUCGCUGCUGUCAGGCAGAUUCUAACAGCGGAUCCUGAGGAACAGACGGACUCAUCUUUACAAGAAGACUCUCUGCACAUGCAGCCGCGCACACCUGUGCCAGCAGCUUCUUCUGAGAGCCUAGAGAUGUAUCCCAUCUCUCAGACCACAGAAAGUCAUCAAUCUCACCUCCUCUCGCCUUCACCGACAGACAUCAGCUCCUACAUUCCUACACAAAUGGUCUCUACUGCACAGUAAUAAUGCUCUGGCAAUGUAGUGUCUCCUCACUAUCAGCUGGACUCAGUAGCGUGACAGUGUGUUGGACGGACUACCUCUGGUGUAAAUUUCCAGAAAAACCUGGAGUCAGGGACGAAUCAGCUUUGAUGUUUCAAAGACACUGAAAACUCCGUACCACUGUAAUACGAACAAGGAUCGACAUUAAAGAGGAUUCACUUUUGAUAUAGCAAUCAUCUGAAAAUCAACAACAAAAUGUAUUUUUAUUAAAAUACUCACAAAUUGUACAUUUAGUUGAAUCUUGUAAACCGCACGUUCUCUGCAUAUUUUUUUAUGUCACUGGCUUGUUUUUCACACUCUUAAUGAGUAUCUUUCAUGAGAAAGCAAAGACUAUUUCAAGAAUAACCAUGAGCAAUGAUAUGAAAAGAUAUUUCAUGAAAAAGUUUUCACUUGUACUCAUGUAUGUGCUACAUGUUCUGAAACACAUGGCUUCCUAAAAUAUACUCAAUGUUUUGGAAAAUA